AAUUAUUUUUUUAUUAUUUUAUUUGUCGGCUAGAGACGGAAAUAGGAUUUUUAUUCAUAGGAUCCAUGGAUCCUAUAGGAUUCGGGCCGUUCCUAAUCCUUCCCUAACAGACCCUAAUUGUGCGUGCGUGCAUGGCUAGCUGGCUCUCUAGCUAGCUAUAUUGUUUUGAUUGUUUGGAUUUUCUAAUUAACCAAAUAUUUGUUGCAAUGGUUAAUAUAUGAAACAUAGUGGCUAAUUUCUUCGGAUCCUUUUAUCAAUUCCUAAAAAAAUUGGAACUUGUUGUGUCCCACUGCUAAAUAUUUGUAGAUGGCGUUGCUCCAAUGAAGAUUAGCAUAUUUGUUUCGUUGAUUAAGAUUCUGAGAACUGUCAAUCUAGUGAAACAUGGAUCGAGCAGUCCGCUAUGCUUGCCAAAAAUAUCAAUUUUUUUACGGCCGAAGCGUGUCCUCCCUUAGACGUUGCCGUCCAUUAGCCGUUAUUAAAUUGAAUGGCUCUUCAAUGUUGAACCUUCGCGCAAAAGCGUCCAAGUUCGUUGACUCCCACAUUCCAGUCUGCUAAAACGGCCUGGAAGCAGCAAUUGGCGUGAAACAGAAGGCGCCAGAAAGAUUGACCCUCCCAGAAGGGCGUCCAGGUUCUUCCAUCGGAGAAAGAUGGGCGUCUAGGUUCAUUGUACCUCGAGUUCGAGAUAAUGAAGCGGGCCCCGCGAUUCACACCAUAGACCUGAGUUCAUGUCAUGCGAGCAUCCGUACGGGGCAUCCCGAGGCUGUCCCCGCUUCUCCCAUCAGCCUCUGAAACCCAAACAAAAUCCCCGAGGAAGAGAGAGAAGACGUCGAAAGAGGUCCUGGGGUUCUGAUCUCGAAUUGGAUGUUAGGGUUUUGAUUCGAAGAGGACGAUCCGACGCCGUUUCUGCUUCGUCAUUGGAUCUUUCUUCCUCUUCUCUGAGAUCGAGGAGACAUUUGAGUACCUUUCUCUCAUUUUUCUGGCUGUGACCAUGGUGCUGUGGGUAUUUGGGUAUGGAUCAUUGAUAUGGAAUCCUGGAUUUGACUUUGAUGAGAAAAUAGUUGGCUUCAUCAAGGACUACAGGCGUGUGUUCGAUCUUGCAUGCAUAGAUCACAGAGGUACACCAGAGAAUCCAGCUAGAACUUGCACAUUGGAGGCCAAAAAAGGAGCAGUUUGUUGGGGCACUGCAUAUUGUGUUAGAGGAGACAGAGAAAAGGAAAGGGCAGCAAUGAAGUAUUUGGAGAGAAGAGAAUGCGAAUAUGACCAGAAAACUUCUGUGGACUUUUACAAGGAAGAAGAUCUUCUUAGGCCAGCUGUAACAGGAGUUUUGGUAUUCACAUCCACCCCAGAUAAAAAGGCCAGCAAGUACUAUUUGGGUCCAGCUCCCUUGGAGGAAACAGCAAGACAAAUUGCUACUGCCCAUGGUCCUUGCGGGAACAAUAGGGACUAUCUGUUUCUUCUGGAGAAGGCAUUGUUCAAUAUAGGUCAUCAAGAUGAUUGCGUGAUUGAGCUCGCGAACGAGGUGAGAAAGAUAAUUGGCAGUUUGAAAGGGACGGGGGUUGUAUCUUACGUGCGAAAGGACACACCUUCUUUCAUGCGAAUCCACCAUUGGAUGGGGCAAUGGCCGCUUAGAGAUCUAUGUGGGCGGAUGAAUGGAAAAGUUUGGAGUGCUUUGAGAUCUGUGCAAGAUGUGAUCCAAUGGUCGAUGUGGCGAAAAAAUAUUAAUCAUUCUUUCACGCAGAAGAUACGGCCCGAACCCAUUUGAAGGUGAGGAUAGCUGAGGUCUCUAUCUCCUAGAAGCCCCAUGAAGCUCUUCUGCAUCCUUUAUCCCUUUUCGAAACUACUGUCGCAGUGGAUUCUUGAUAAGAGGCCAGGAGACAAUUUCAGUCGUCGUCCAGCAGAUAUGGCAGCAUCCAUGUGUUUGUCUCGUACAUUUCCAAUUUUUCACUUGAUUGUACACCCUUACUCGGAGCCCCUUGGCAACGCUCUCUAUUUUUAACUUGGACUAUACAUCCUGAAUUCAAGUACUUUGAGAUCGGUGCAAGAUGUAAUCUUAUCGUUGUGUCAAAGCUGAGUCUCUUCUUGCAAUGGAUUCUUUCAUACUAA